AUGGCAAGUGCUGAUCUGUUGACGAGAGACUACACCUCCGAUCAGAAAUUCAGUAUUUCCACUUACAGUGCCUCCGGCGUGGCCCUUACGUCCACUGCUCUGAAGAAAGGAGGAGUGCAUGCUGCUGAUGUUGCCACACAAUACAAGUACAAGAAUGCUUUGUUCGAUGUCAAAAUCGACACUGAUUCCAGUGUUUUGACUACUGUCACAUUCACCGAGAUCCUCCCAUCGACAAAAGCUAUCGCCUCCUUCAGAGUUCCCGACUCCGGUUCUGCCAAGCUUGAGGUCCAGUACUUCCACGACCACGCAACAGUGACUGCUGCUGCAGCGUUGAAACAAAACCCACUCAUCGACAUAACGGCCACUCUCGGUACACCAGUCAUCUCAUUUGGUGCUGAAGCUGGAUACGACACAAGCUCCAAAACUUUCACCAAGUACAACGCUGGGAUCAGUGUGACAAAACCAGACGCAUGCGCUUCCAUAAUACUGGGUGAGAAAGGAGACUCAAUCAAAGCAACUUACCUUCAUCACCUCGACGACUCGAAGAGAAGCGCAGGAGUUGGUGAGGUCUACAGGAAGUUCUCGACUAAUGAAAACACGAUAACGGUUGGUGGAUUAUAUGCCAUUGAUCACUCGACUACAGUGAAAGCUAAGCUCAACAACCAUGGCACACUCGGUGCUCUUUUUCAGCACGAGGUCCUUCCCAAAUCAGUAGUGACUGUUUCCAGUGAGAUUGACACUAAGGCUUUAGACAAGCAUCCGAGGUUUGGUCUCUCUCUUGCUCUCAAACCUUGA